UGCGCAACGGGUUGGCUGGGACCGUCCCACGUGGAUGACGUCACUCGCAUCUGGAUGUGCACACGGGCCAUUUGUAAACAUGCAGCUGUUUGGCGGCGUCAUGUCGAGCGCUUUAUGGAAAGUCGCCGUCGUGCACCUCACCGCGACAGUCGGCCUCUCCUGCUGUUUCCGCGGCCAAGUGAAAGCGGGCGAUGACCUGGACGUCCCGGCGAUCGCCAAGUACUUCAGCACGAAAGGCCGCUACGAGGAAGUGAACCCGUACCUCCGGGAGGACAUACUCGCCGUCAACCGGUCCGCGCUGCGGCCUCCAUUCGCGCAGUGUCGCGAGAUCCACCUGACGGCCAUCGUGAGACACGGCACGAGAUACCCGACGGCCAAAAACGUCCGGAAGAUGCGGAAGCUGUACGACCUCGUCAGGGACCGCGCCUCCGGCAGGGGCAGCUGGCUGCAGGAGAUCAAGAGCCAGUGGCCCAUGUGGUACACCGAGGACAUGGACGGGCGACUCGUCCGGAAGGGAGUGAGCGACCACAAGCAUCUGGCCGUCAGGCUGUCGAAGCUCUUCCCCUCGCUGGUCUCGGAGGAGAAGCUCCGGGGCGGACACGUCCGGUUCGUGACCAGCUCCAAGCACAGGUGUGUGAACAGCACGCUGUCCUUCGUGGCGGGACUGACGGAGCUGUGGGCCAUCACAGAUAAGGAGUUUGACCACGUAGUGAACGAUGCUCUGAUGAGAUUUUUUGACAAGUGCACCAAGUUUGUGCAGGAAGUUGACAACAACCCCUCAGCUCUGUCAGAGGUGGACCAGUUCAAGAAGGGGCCGGAGAUGAGGAGGGUCCAGGAGAAAAUUGCAGACCGCCUCAAUGUCCCGUACGAUACCAUCAACGAUGAUAUGGCUGAAGCUGCCUUUUAUAUGUGUGCUUACGAGUUUGCCAUCAAGACAGUAAACUCCCCCUGGUGUCGGCUCUUCGACGAGGUUGAUGCAAAGGUUAUGGAGUACGCAAAUGAUCUGAAGCAAUUCUGGAAGAGAAGCUAUGGUCAUGAUAUUAACAGUAAGUCAAGCUGCAUUCUCUUCCAUGAUGUGUUCAGCCGACUGGACAAAGCAGUCAACGAGAACCAGUCAGGCCAGCAGGUGACGGAAGCCGUGACAGUGCAAGUCGGCCAUGCAGAGACCCUCCUGCCACUGCUCACCCUGCUGGGCUUCUUCAAGGACAGCGAGGCCUUGACAUCCUCCAACUACGCCACACAGACCCACCGCUCCUUCCGCACCAGCCACAUGUUGCCCUACGCAGCCAACUUACUCCUGGUGCUGUACGACUGUGGGCGCGGCGACCUGAGACUGCAGCCACUGCUCAACGAGAAGCCUGUGACUUUCCCUGGUUUAGCUGAGCAGCAGGCCUCCAUGCCGCUCUAUGGAGACGUCAAAGAGCACUACAGAGAACUGCUCAGCGGCUGUGACUUUGAGACCGAGUGUCAGCUGUUCAAGCAUCCUGCUGAGUUUUAGGCAGGCAGGGUGGGUCCUGGAAAAGGAAACAUUGUAAUGGCUUUAUUGUGUUUUUAUCUGCAAAAUGGAGUGAAAAUUGUGUUCUUAACAGGAUCUUAUGGUUCGGACGCUUCUCUUUUGUAAAUUAUGCCAUGUCCAUUGACAUGAAUUUUGACCUGGCUUAUGCUUGAGAUAAGGCAGAUUUGAUGACUGACACGCCCCAUGAUGCCAGCCAAGGAAUUUAAUAUCAAGUUCAACUGUACCAUUUUAGUGUUACUAUUGCUCUAUUGCUUUUUAUCCUUUUCGCAAGGGUUCCUUCCCUUGAUGCACAACAGGGUUGCAGAAAUAAGAAUAAAAUAAACCAUCUAUCUUCCCUGUC